CGUCAACUACAAUCAUCGUAUCAAGUAUAUGAACGUAAGGUCUACAUAAAUAGGAACUUUUUAUACCAAACAUGACAAUCGGAUUUAGAGCGAUUUCUAAGCUUGUAGCGCCUAUCGUUGGGAACGUAAUUUGUUUGUCUAGAGCUCAAAUAAGUGCAGUCAAAAUGAGUACCAACCCGGAUUACAAAUCUGCGACCUCUAUCCAUGAAUUCACAGUAAAGAACAUAAAAGGUGAAGAUGUUAAAUUGGAUGUUUACAAAGGUCAUGUUUGCAUUAUUGUGAAUGUAGCUUCACAGUGCGGUCUCACUGCAAAUAACUACAAACAGCUCAAUGAAAUGUAUGAAAAAUAUGCUGAGGAGAAAGGUUUACGUAUUCUUGCGUUCCCUUGCAAUCAGUUUGCCGGUCAGGAGCCAGGUAACCCAGAGGAGAUUGUGUGCUUUGCAAAGGACAGGAAAGUGAAGUUUGAUCUGUUUGAGAAAAUCGAUGUGAACGGAGACUCUGCCAGUCCUCUGUGGAAGUUCUUGAAGGUACAGAAGUACAAGCAAGGAGGUACCCUCGGCAGCUUCAUCAAAUGGAACUUCACCAAAUUCAUCGUAGACAAGGAUGGUGUGCCAGUUGAGCGUCAUGGACCCAACGUGGACCCAAUGGACUUAGUCAAGUCCCUUGAGAAGUACUGGUGAUCAGUGUAACAGAACGACAUCACAUUUUAUUUUUUAUUAUUAUUUUAUAGCCUUAGAUGGUUUAGACGUUAAAUAUGAUACGACAGAGCAUUUAAUAUUAAGCCGAGUUUAGAUGGUCACAGUUGACACUCAGUGUUAAACACAGCGUGCCUUUUAUUGUGACACUAUGCUUGACAUUUGUUACAAUUUCUGUCGUCAUCUAAACUUAGCUUUACCGUUGUAAUUAUAAAUUAAUUUAUUCAUCACACCAUCAGCGAGCAUCACUGAUUUUACUAAAACUUCCAAGAUAAAAAAGGUUUUGUUAAUAUAACUUGGCAAGUCGAAAGAUGUAAUUACCUACUAAGUAAAAUACUAUGUCAACUGAAUAUUCUGCAAAUGCACUGUGUGAUAUAUUGAGUAGGUUUUAAGAAUUCUUCUUUAUUUUUUGUGAUAAUAUACCAUCAUAAUAAUUUUGAA